GAGGAAAGAAAAAAAUGAAAACCGCUGCUGAGCUAGACGAAGAACUGGAUCAGUAUCUUGAUAAACUAAUGGCUAAAAAGAAGUCAAAGUACAAGGAUGGUCUUACCGAAGAAAAUUGGGAGCAGGAACUGGAAAAUAUACCUUUUUUCAGAACCAAACCUCUAGAAGAAGGCGAAGAAGUUAGCCCUGAAAUAGCUGCGCUUCAAGCCUUGAAAUUUGAAGAUGAAAACCCUACCGCACGAGCAGAAGCUUUUAAAGAGGAAGGCAACUACGAAUACAAAAAGAAGAAUUUCAAGAAAGCCAUUCUUGCUUAUACUGAAGGCAUCGUGUCAAAAAGCGAUGACAACAAUCUCAAUGCAAUUCUMUACACCAACAGAGCAACGGCUAAUUUUACAAUAGGAAAUCAUAGAUCUGCUCUCAAAGAUUCCCUUCAAGCUCGUAAACUGAAUCCAGAGUACAUGAAAGCCAUUGUCAGAGGUGCAAGUGCAAGCUUUAACAUUAAAUUGUAUGAACACACAAUACGAUGGUGUGAUGAUGGACUGAAGAUUGAACCUCAAAACACCAAACUUCAAUCUCUAAGAAAAGAUGCCGCKGUAGAGCAGGUUAGUKAGAGAUUCRACKUUUGAGUUUCUGUCUUAAUACUAAUUUGUACAGUUUUAAACUUGAAGAAAAAACAAGAAAGAGAYAGAAGAAAGGCAAAGCAAGUAAGACGAAAGAUGUAUGAAGAACGGUUUGCUAUAAUCAAAGAAAUUAAAGAACGGAACAUYCGUUGUGAUCAAGCAUCUCAAACACAAAUUGAAGAUGAAGAAGAUGAUGACAUUGAUGAGGAAGAACUCAUACUUAAGAAACGAUUUCUUGAACUUGACCUUGGUCCUUAUCAUCCCUCUGGUGCAACAGUGCAAAUAGAUGAAAACCACAAACUGUACUGGCCAGUGGUGUUUGUUUAUCCAGAAUACCAACAGUCAGACUUUAUUGCUGCAUUUUGUGAGGAUCAUUGUUUCAUGGAUCAUUUUGAAGUGAUGUUUGGUAAUGACUCGGCUCCAUGGGAUGAGGAAUUCAAAUAUGAACCAUACAAACUAGAGUGUUACUUUGAAGACCAAGAACGAAGCUGUCUGGUUCGCGUCCACAGUUCAACAACAUUAAAAGAAGUUCUCUCUGACAAAAGGUACAUAGUCCAUCGUGGCACUCCUUCCUUUUUAAUUCUCGUUCAAAAUYCUCAAUUUAGAGCAGACUUUCUCAAGAAAUAUUCUAAAUCCGAAUGAUCAAAACUAGGUAUUAAAAUAUAUUUUGUAAAUAAUAUUGAAUUUUUACUUGUAAUGUAAGAAUAAAACCACAUAUUGGCUAAUAAAAAUGCUGAAUACUAU